CCUGAGCUACUGAGGAAGAGGGGGAUGGAGACCAGUGAUCCCAAGCUGAACUGUAAGAGCCGAUCCAGUAGUCAUCUGCAGUCAAGACUCAGGCUGUGACUCUGUGACUGAUACAGAAACAGAAGACGAGAAGAACCCAGUUUACUCCCACAGACUUGCCAUGAGUGAAGAACAUGGAUCAUCCAAGAGCACUGGGGACCAUCCGGUGGUGCAGCCUGACCGCAUACGGUGUGGGGUGCAGACAACAGUUUAUAUUAUCAUGAAAUGUAAACUAGAUGGCAAAGUGAAAACUGAAGUUGAAUUCUCUCCAGAGAAUGCAUCAUCUGUGCGUGUGCCAGCUGAGGUGGAGAAUGAGUACGCAAUCUCUGUGGAGGCUCCAAAUUUAACCUCUGGGACAGUGCCUCUGCAGAUAUAUUCAGGGGAAUUGAUGGUGGGAGAGACAAGCAUCACCUAUCAUACCGACAUGGAGGAAAUUAGCAGUCUGUUGGCUAAUGCAGCCAACCCCGUACAGUUCAUGUGCCAGGCUUUUAAAAUUGUUCCAUACAGCAUAGAAGCACUGGACAAACUGUUGACUGAGUCACUCAAGAAGAAUAUUCCUGCCAGUGGCUUACACCUGUUUGGAAUCAACCAGCUGGAAGAAGAAGAUAUGACAACAAAUCAGAGGGAUGAGGAGUUGCCAACACUGCUUCACUUUUCUGCAAGAUACGGGUUGAAGAACCUCACCGCCUUGCUGCUUACAUGCCCUGGAGCACUGCAGGCCUACAGUGUAGCCAACAAAUAUGGCCACUAUCCAAACACCAUAGCAGAAAAGCAUGGCUUUAAGGACCUCCGCCAAUUCAUUGAUGAAUAUGUGGAAACUGCAGAUAUGCUGAAGAGUCACAUUAAGGAAGAGCUGAUGCAAGGCGAGGAGGAUGAGUCUGUUUAUGAGUCCAUGGCCCAUCUGUCCACUGAUCUGUUAAUGAAAUGUUCCUUGAAUCCUGGCUCCGAUGAAGAGCUUUAUGAAUCCAUGGCUGGAUUUGUCCCUGGUGCCCCAGAAGAUCUCUAUGUAGAGAUGCUUCAGUCCAAACCAGACACUCCAGUUGCUGGAGAUGAAGUUUCUCUAACUACAAAAGACUCAAUGCUCCGCAAGUUUUUAGAAGGCAGUAGCAUGGAUGCGCCAGAUUCGGAGGAAAGAGUUUACCAGCAGUAUGGUGAAGAUGUAUACUACUCAGUGGAACAAGAUACUUUUCCACAGGAAAUGGCUAGCAGACCUCCAGUUCCUGUUCCAAGACCAGAAUCCAGCUCUCCACAGCCAGACAAUGAGCUGUACAUCUCCAAAAUUUUUGCACAGAAAGCUCAAAGACCUGAGAAUCUCUAUGUCCCUAGAGGAAGGGUUAAGAAAGAGACAAUAGUCAGGCCUGUAAGGGACCUGUCUCAAUCAAGCAUAUAUGAUCCAUUUGCUGGAAUGAAAACCCCAGGUCAACGGCAGCUGAUUACGUUACAGGAGCAAGUGAAAAUGGGCAUACUCACCGUUGAUGAAGCUGUACUUCAUUUUAAGGAGUGGCAACUGAACCAGAAAAAGAGAUCAGAAUCAUUCCGUUUCCAGCAGGAAAAUCUGAAACGUCUACGAGACAGCAUAACCAGGAGGCAAAUGGAGAAGCAAAAAAAAGACAAAAGUGCAGAUUUGGAAAUUACAGUACCCAUUCGACAUUCUUAUAAUACUUUAGGGAAACCAGAAUGUGGAAUAUAUGAAUACACCCCCAGGAAAAACAUUUUCCCACCAAAAAAGGAGUUAAAGCGAGGCGACUGGAAAACAGAAAGCACAUCCAGCACAACAAGUAGUGCAAGUAACCGCUCCAGCACUCGGAGCAUAUUGAGUGUCAGCAGUGGGAUGGAAGGGGACAGUGAGGACAACGAGGUCCCAGAAACAACUAGAAGCCGCAGCCCAGUAGCCCACCAAGCAGAGAGGCUGCCUUUCCCAGAAAGGCCUCCCAGAGUGCCUCCUCGAGGUGCAAGCAGGCCUGUAAGCUGUGAAGGCUUUUAUCCUCCACCUGUGCCCCCAAGAGGUCGCUGAAUCUCUCAACAUCUGUGGAAUAUGAGAUUUUUCUGUUUGUAUGUGUGUUUGUACAGAUAUUUUUGGGUUGCCUUAAAUUAUUUAUAAGGGGGAGCCAAAUGUUUUCUUCUCCUUCUUCCUCCCUAAAGCUCUGGUGACUUUUCCCAUGAGCUUCACCAAGACUUCUUGGCCUUCUAUAACUUUUUUGCUUGGAAGAAUUUUGGUUCUUCGGGACUUCAAGAAAAAGUAUCAUGGUUGAGAAGGAGAACACUCGUGUGUCUUCGCAGUCCUGCACUAACACGAAGUUUCCCUUUGGCCAAGAAAGAACAUAUGUCCUUUUAGAAACUAAAUCCUGAUAAGCAUUGUUAUCAAAACCCUAGA